GAUCCUGUGGAACUCAUGCCCCCUACAUGAGACCGGUCUAUCCAACCAAAACCUUCCCAAACUUGUACACUCUGGCAACUGGACUCUACCCUGAAUCUCAUGGAAUAAUUGGAAAUUCAAUGUACGACCCUGUGUUUGAUGCUAUUUUUAACCUUCGAGGAAGAGAGAAAUUCAAUCACCGAUGGUGGGGAGGUCAACCGAUAUGGAUUACUGCUGCUAAGCAAGGAGUAAAAGCUGGAACAUUCUUUUGGUCUAACGUGAUCCCUUACGAGCGUAGAAUAUUAACCAUACUGCAGUGGCUAACUAUGGCAGACAAUGACAGAGUGUAUACAAGGCCUUACGCUUAUGCAUUCUACUCUGACCAACCAGAUAUGGCUGGCCACAGAUAUGGUCCAUUUAGUUCUGAGAUGUUAGGUCCACUAAGAGAUAUUGACAAGAUCCUUGGGCAACUAAUGGAUGGACUAAAGCAGCUGAACUUACACCGAUGUGCCAACAUUAUCUUCGUGGGUGAUCACGGAAUGGAAGAUGUUAUUUGUGAAAGAACUGAAUAUUUGAGCAACUAUCUGUCUAAUGUGGAUGACAUAACAUUGAUACCUGGAACUCUAGGGCGUAUUCGUGCCAAAGCUACUAGUAAUGUUAAAUUUGACCCCAAAGCCAUUGUGGCCAAUCUCACAUGCAAGAAGCCAGACCAGCAUUUCAAACCUUACCUGAAGCAACAUCUUCCUAAGCGUUUGCAUUAUGCAAAUAACCGAAGAAUCGAAGAUAUUCAUUUGUUGGUGGAAAGAAGAUGGCAUGUAGCUAAGAGGCCUGGAGAUGUGUUUAAGAAAAUAAUAGGGAAGUGCUAUUUUCAUGGAGAUCAUGGCUAUGACAACAAGAUCAACAGCAUGCAGACAGUCUUUCUAGGCUAUGGCCCUUCAUUUAAAUACAAAACAAAAGUACCUCCAUUUGAAAAUAUUGAACUGUACAACCUUAUGUGCGAUCUCCUUGGUUUGAAGCCUGCUCCCAAUAAUGGAACACAUGGAAGCUUAAACCACCUCCUCCGGAGCAGUACCUACAGACCCAUCAUGCCGGAGGAAGUAGCAAGGCCACUCCAUCCAGUAGCUACAACACCUUCGUCUGACUACGAUCUGGGAUGCAGUUGUGACGAUAAGAAUAGAUUGGAUGAACUGAGUCGACGUCCUUAUAGCAAAGGAACAGAAGCGAGAACCUACACAGGAGGAGAAGGAUUUAAUACCAACGACCCUGAGAAUGUAUUACCUGAGGAUGGAUGCGUCCCGCCACCAGAGAAGCAUCUCCUUUAUGGCCGCCCAGCAGUUCUUUUUCGAACAAAGUACAGCCUCUUGCACCAUCAUGACUUUGAAAGUGGCUACAGCGAAACAUUCCAGAUGCCUCUCUGGACAUCUUACACUAUUUCAAAACAGGCGGAGACAUCUGGUGUCCCAGACCAGGUGAUCAGUUGUGUAAGACCUGAUUUGCGUAUUUCUCCAAGCAACAGUCAGAGUUGUACUGCAUACAGAGUGGAUAGACAAAUGUCUUACGGAUUCCUGUUUCCUCCCCGUAAGCUGAUGUAUGUGGAAGGAAGUUCGAUCCCAGUUCCAACCCACUACUACAGCAUCAUCACAAGUUGUUUAGACUUCACUCAGCCUGCUGACAAGUGUGACGGGCCUCUUUCAGUUUUGGCAUAUAUUUUCCCGCACAGGCCUGACAAUGAUGAAAGCUGCAAUAAUUCUUCUGAAGAUGAAUCCCGGUGGGUCGAAGAGCUUUUGAAAAUGCACACAGCGAGAAUACGGGAUAUCGAACAACUUACCGGCUUAGAUUUUUAUCGGAAGACCAGUCAAAGCUACUCAGAAAUCCUUUCUUUAAAAACAUACCUGCAUACAUUUGAAAGUGAAAUUUAACUUUCUCUUAAAAAUUCAGCCCACCCAUCCUCUCAUGAAGUGCUGUAUAUUUUUAUAUUAUAUUUAUUAAUUUGAAACAGGACAUUAAAAUUAUUAGUGUAUUUUUAAUCUUGCAACAAAUCUUUAAAAAGUAUUAAAUCGGUGUCUGUUGUAUUUUGAAUCUUUAAUGUAAAGCAUAUGUUUUUGUUUUUUUAAAGAGCUCCUGAUGUGCAGCAGCUUAAAAGACUCUCUUGGUUCAAAGCUUCUUAAAAUGGUACAGAAGAAUCACUUACUUAGGUGGAGGAAAUGUAACUUUUAUUGCAUUCCCUUGUGCCGUGCUUCCCCCCCUCCCCCCAGUCCUGUAUUGUGUAUUAUACAUGUAAAAUGACAAUGAUUGUUAACUAUGUGAUAGACAUAUUUAAGCUUCAUAGAGAAUAGAAACUUAAAUAUAAUAAAACCACACAUUUAGGGUUU